UUUUUUCUGUCUACAGCGUUAAUCACUAUGAUUUUGAUUGUUGCUUUACUUGUCCUAUCGUCCUCAUGUACAUUGAUAUCAACGACACCCAAAUUGCACAGAUGCCGCCUACCUGAAGCAAGCAGUAAGCUUGAUUUUGAAAAGUUAUCAAAAACUUCGUGGUAUUCCGGACUACAGUCAAAUGAUAUCACAGCGUCUAUGCUCUCUUGUAUCAGAUUAAGUAAUUUUACGUCUACAGAAUCUGGCUAUCGAGUCGUCGUGAAAGAACACGUAUCAGAUAAUUUCCUUGGCGGUGGACAUGACGUACAUAUGACCGACUAUAAAAAUUACAUCGCGAGUUUUGUUUGUCCACCGGGUGGAAUAUCUGACAAAGAACACCAAAUGAUUUGGGGAUUUUUUCCAAGCCCAAAUCCAACUUUGUCACAAAUUGCUGCAUACCUUAAUGUUCUUCAUCAACUCGGAAUUUCCGUCAACUUCCAUGCUUCUACAUGUUCAAACAGAGACUGGAGUCAUGAUCAUUAA